AUGGCGUCUACAACGUUCUCUUUUGAGGUGUUCGGUCCUGUGGUCGUCCGAGAAAAUCUCGGUUCCAACAACGAGUUUGAUGAUGUUGUGGGAGGAACAAAUGGAAGCAAGCACAAUCAUUCUAGAGAAGAGUACUGGAGAGACUCUUCUUUCAUGGAGACUCUCAACUCUGAUUUUGGACUCUAUCAAGACAACUUGUUGGAGUCGGACCUCGUCUUCGCGAAAUUCCAACAGCAGGACAAGCAGGAGGAGUAUCCGCUUCCCGCUGAUGAUCUGCUCGAUGACUUGAACUUCGAAGCCGGCUCUCCCACACUCCAAACGUGCUUGAAGGAGAUUGCGAACCUUGGGUCGGAGCUGAGUGGAGUCCAGCACGGUAAAGACAAGAAGGAAAAGCAGCAUCCCUUUUGGCUGGCCUCCCUCGAGCUCCUCAAGAGCUACGAACACAGGUGGAAGAAGCUUGAUGGGGACAAGUUCAUCAAACCGAGCAGCAAUACCACUUUGAACAGACUCGCAGAUCCAAGCUUGUCGACCGAAGAGAUUAUCAGGUUAGCUGGAGUUAAAUUCAUCCAGACCACCUCCUCAGUGGGCGAUCUGCCCUCAACUUUCAUCCACCCGUAUGGGUCAUCUUUCUCUGGUCUCUCCGAUCAGGACAUGAAGGACGCACAGCUAGUAGAACUGCUUCUGUUCGCAGCAGAGAAAGUGCACUAUCAGGAGUUCCAUCGGGCGAGCAAGUUGCUGAACCAGUGCAACUGCUUGUGCUCGAACAAGGGCAAUCCAAUCCAAAGGGUAGUUUUCUACUUUGCUGAGGCGCUGCGUGAAAGGAUUGAUCGAGGAAGUGGAAGAAUCGCAGUAAACGCCUGCGGAAAGAGACAGAAACCUGAUCCCCACGCACAAAUGACGAACCCGACGCGGAGCAAGAUCGCGUGUCAUCAAGAGCUCCCGUUCGUGCAGGUGGCGCAAUUCGCAGGAGUGCAGGCGAUUGUGGAAAGUGUGGACGAUGCAAAGAAGGUUCAUGUGAUCGAUCUCAACAUAGGCUCCGGGGCCCAGUGGACGAUCCUAAUGCAAGCGCUCGUAUUGUGCUAUGAUUGCCAGAUUGAACUUCUGAAGAUAACUGCUGUAGGAACCUCUUCGAAGAAUCGGAUUGACGAGACCGGUAAGAGGUUGAUAAAUUUUGCUCAGAGCAUGAGUUUGCCCUUCACUUUCAAGUCUGUUGUGGUAGGAGAUGUGCUGGAUCUCAAACAUGAACUAUUCGAGAUUGACACCGAGGAAGCGGUGUUUGUCUACUCUCAGUACUUCUUACGGACCUUGAUACCGCAGCCUAACCGUCUUGAAUCAUUGAUGAAAGUAAUCAGAAAGACCAAUCCGCGUGUAAUGGUGGUUGCCGAAGUCGAGGCAAACCUCAAUUCACCGAACUUCGUGCACCGUUUUAUCGAAUCACUCUUCUACUACGGUGCGUGCUUCGACUGCCUCGAAGCUUCCAUGAGUCGGGAAGAUUUCAAUAGGAGGAUCAUCGAAUCGAUUUACUUUGGCGACGCGGUUAAGAAUAUUCUAGCCAGCGAAGGUGAGGAACGGACGGUCCGACAUGUGAAGAUCGACGUUUGGAGGGCCUAUUUUGGCCGGUUUGGCAUGAUUGAGGCGGAACUGAGCAGUUCAUCUUUGUACCAUGCGAACUUGGUCAUGGAAAAGUUCGGCUGCGGGAGGUUUUGUACAUUCGAUAUGAACGGCAAAUGUCUUAUUGUCGGGUGGAAGGGCACGCCAGUGCAGUCUCUUUCUGUCUUGAAGUUCACCUGA